AUGGGCAAUGCCUUCGCUGGCCCGUCCCGCACUUCCCUCUCACCGACGAAGUUGCCACCGACCAAGCCAGCACCUCGCGCCGCCCUAGCACCUACUGCAAGCAACCCAUCUGUUUUCGACCUCGCCGCGCCCGCCGAAGGGCGCCUCGGUCUCAAGCAGUACGGCAUACUCCCUCCCUCGAGGCCCAGGCCAGGUCAGCAGCGUCCCUGUCUUCCCUCAGAGAUUGCUGCGAUCCUCCGCAACCCCACCGAAGCAGGCCGAUAUGCCUUCCGCCUGGCAGACAGCGGCGAAGCGUUCGGGAUUCGUCACGCCCUCGCUGAGCUUCACCGCCGGGGCGCGAUGCAUGUCGACGAGGCAUGGGUGCGCAAUCACUGGGUCCUCAUCCUCUGGAAGCUGGCCGCGUACGUGCAAGCGCAAGCCUACAACGCCGGCUGGUCGGUCUCGGUAGAGGAAGCGUGCGAGAAGUGGUGGAACUUUGAGACUGCGUUGAAACAGCUGCUCUACAGGUAUGAGCGAGAGGUCAAUCUUGCGCAACGCAGUGUGCUGAAGAGGGUGCACGAGCAUGACUCUUCCUCGGCUCUGCCGAUGGUGCUACUCGUGAUGGCCAUUCGGUCCCCUCAAGAGGGCGAGGCGUCGCGCGGUCCGACGCUCGACCUUACAGACGGGUGGUAUCGCAUCAUCGCUCAAUUGGAUGAGCCACUCAGUCGCGCCGUUGGCCGAGGGAAGAUCAGAGCAGGUCAAAAGCUCGCCUUGCAGGGCGCGAGGCUU